AUGAGGGGCUUUGUGAACGCCCACAGGAAAUUCAUAUUUGGUGUGUUAGACAGGAACACGGAAAUGUCAGCGCCCAAAAGUGGGGCAGAAGCGUCAGCCUCCCAGCACAGAAGGAUGUCCUACUCCAACGAGUCCUGCGGCAUCAGCUGCCCCCAGCCCAUCGCCGAGAGCUCCAACGAGCCGUGUGUGCAGCAGUGCCCCGACUCCAGAGCCCUGAUCCUGCCCCCGCCGGUGGUGGUGACCAUCCCGGGCCCCGUGCUCAGCACCUGCCCUCAGGAGAGCGUUGUGGGAUCGUCAGGCCCAGCCUUGCCGGGACGUUCCUUCAGUUCCCGCAGCUCCCAGGGCUACGGGGGCUCCUUUGGGCUGGGAGGUUCUGGGGGUUAUGGGGCCCCCCUGGCCUUGGGGGGCUCCUCUGGCUAUGGGGGCUCCUUUGGUUAUGGGGGCUAUGGAGGCUCCCAGGGCUAUGGGGGCUCCCUUGGGGGCUAUGGGGGCUCCCGGGGCUAUGGGAGCUCCUUUGGCCUGGGAAGCUGUGGGGGCUAUGGGGGCUUCCAGGGCUAUGGGGGCUCCCUGGGCUAUGGGGGCUCCCUUGGCUACGGCCGUUCCCUGGGUUAUGGAGGCUCCCUUGGGGGCUAUGGGGGCUCCCUUGGGGGCUAUGGGGGCUCCUUUGGCAAUUGCGGGAGGUCCUACAGCUCCGGCUUCUCCUCACGGGGCCUGGGCUAUUCCCUGCCUGGCUCCCAGAGAUGGAGCAGGUCCCGCCGCGGGAGCUGUGGGGUUUUCUAA